AUGUAUUUCUUAAAAGGAGACGCUACUGAUGCUUUAGAAACAAUACAAGACAUUUUGGACUUUUGUAAAACUGAGGACGACAGUCUUCACUUCGCGUCUCUGCGAUUAAAGGCCAUGAUAUUAAUGUCACAAGUGCAACUUUCCUAUGGCAGUAGUCAAUCGACUAACAUUCUAUUGUUGAAUGAAGCACUAUCUUGGGCGAAAAAGUUUCAUCUGCAUUAUUUAGCGGCUAUUGUUGAAAUGCAUAUUGCAAAUGUACAGCUGCUAAUGGGAUGUGCGAAGAAUGCUCUUGUCCUUGUACGGAAAGUAUUACCUUUGAUAAUGGCACAUGGAAGUGCUUAUGACAUGGCAAGAGGAUUACUUCUUUAUACCAAAUGCCGUAUCGCCACUGCUCCUCUGUCUGGCGAAGCCCGGGUAAAAGUAUUUCAGUCCUGCUGUGAAGCUCUAGAGUCGGUUAAACAGAACUUUUCCAAAAUUGGCGCUCAAGUCAGAUUGUUGCAGACAUGGUAUAUACAGGCUCAAUUACACAAUGAUGUGGGUAACAUAGCAGCAAGAAAUCAGUGUGCAUGGAUGUACAGACAACUUGAGACUCAAAAUCCAGUGGACUUAUCUAACAUGCUACAUAUAAUGUAUUAA